GCCUUUAAAAGCGAUUUUCUGCCCUCGGUUCCCACCCAGCCCCUCCUGGAGUGAGCGGGGCCGCGUUCAGGUCCAGGAUGGAACAUUCCUGCUCGCUCCUGCUGCUCUGUGUUAGUUUCAUUUUUGCACGAGCUCUGCCACCCAAUGGAACAGAACUGCCCAAAACAACCACAGCCACCAACUCCACUGAGGAGAACACCUUGCACAAGGAGCUGCUGACUUCCCUGCUGAUCCUGGUGCUGGUGGUGAUCAUUUUCGUGGUGCUGGUGGGGUAUUUUUUCAGGUUCAGGAGACACAGGAAAGCUGUGGUCAACUCCGGGGACAAGAAGAUGCCAAAUGGGAUCUUGGAAGAACAAGAACAGCAGCGGGUGAUGCUGCUCAGCAGGUCUCCCUCGGGCCCCAAGAAGUAUUUCCCCAUCCCUGUGGAAAACCUGGAGGAGGAGAUCCGGAUACGCUCGGCCGACGAGGGGAAGCUCUUCAGGGAGGAGUUUAAUUCAUUAACGUCUGGAUAUGUGCAGGGAACGUUUGAAAUGGCAAAUAAGGAGGAAAACAGGGAGAAGAACAGAUAUCCCAACAUCCUGCCAUAUGAUCAUUCCAGAGUGAUUUUGACCCAAAUUGAUGGAGUCCCACCUUCAGACUACAUCAAUGCUUCAUACAUAGAUGGCUACAAAGAAAAGAAUAAAUUUAUAGCAGCACAAGGACCCAAGCAGGAAACAGUCAAUGACUUCUGGAGGAUGAUCUGGGAGCAGAAAUCAGCCAUUAUUGUCAUGUUGACCAACCUGAAAGAAAGAAAAGAGGAGAAGUGUUUCCAGUACUGGCCGGACCAGGGCUGCUGGACGUACGGCAGUGUCCGUGUGUCCGUGGAGGACUCCAUGGUGCUGGUGGAUUACACCGUGCGCAAGUUCUGCGUGCACUCGCUCCAGGAGGGAUGCAAGGCUCCAAGGCUGGUCACACAGCUCCACUUCACCAGCUGGCCGGAUUUUGGGGUGCCUUUCACACCUAUUGGCAUGCUGAAAUUCCUGAAAAAAGUCAAGACCUUGAAUCCUGCCCAUGCUGGACCCAUUGUGGUUCACUGCAGCGCGGGCGUGGGGCGCACGGGCACCUUCAUCGUCAUCGACGCCAUCAUCGACAUGAUGCACGCCGAGCACAGGGUGGAUGUCUUUGACUUCGUCUGCAGGAUCCGCAACCAGCGGCCACAGAUGGUCCAGACUGAUAUGCAAUAUUCCUUCAUUUACCAAGCCUUACUCGAGUACUACCUCUACGGUGACACAGAGCUGGAUGUGUCAUCCUUGGAAAAACACCUCCAGACUUCCCAAAAUGCAGCCCCAAACCUGGUCAAAAUAGGGCUGGAAGAGGAAUUUAAAAAGCUGACCAACGUGCGCAUCAUGAAGGAGAACAUGAGGACUGGCAACCUCCCAGCCAACAUGAAGAAAGCCAGAGUCAUCCAGAUCAUCCCCUAUGAUUUUAACAGAGUGAUUCUGUCCAUGAAAAGAGGGCAGGAGUACACAGAUUACAUCAAUGCUUCCUUCAUAGAUGGCUACCGGCAGAAGGAUUAUUUCAUUGCCACCCAGGGCCCCCUCCCUCACACAGUGGAGGAUUUCUGGAGGAUGGUGUGGGAGUGGAAGUGCCACACCAUCGUGAUGCUCACCGAGGUGCAGGAGAGGGAGCAGGAGAAAUGCUGCCAGUACUGGCCAUCAGAGGGCUCUGUGACUCACGGAGAGAUCACGGUGGAAAUCAAGAGUGACAGCCUGAUGGAUGCCAUCAGUGUGAGGGACUUCCUGGUCACAUAUAAUCCGAGCAACCAGGAGAAGCAGAGCAGGCUGGUCAGGCAGUUCCACUUCCACGGCUGGCCGGAGAUCGGGAUUCCUGCCGAGGGGAAGGGCAUGAUCGACCUCAUUGCAGCGGUGCAGAAGCAGCAGCAGCAGACAGGGAACCACCCCAUCACUGUGCACUGCAGUGCUGGAGCGGGGAGAACGGGAACCUUCAUAGCCCUGAGCAACAUCCUGGAGCGGGUCAAGGCUGAGGGGCUGCUGGACGUGUUCCAGGCUGUGAAGAGCUUGAGGCUGCAGAGGCCACACAUGGUGCAAACACUGGAACAGUAUGAAUUCUGCUACAGAGUGGUACAAGAUUUCAUCGACAUCUUUUCAGAUUAUGCUAAUUUCAAAUGAGAAUUCUGCCUUAUUUUUUAAUUUGUCUGUAUAAAUAGUUGUAUAUUAUGUUAAUUUAUUCUAUGUCACUUGGAUUGUUGACUGAACUGUAAAUACAACGUUGUGCUGGCUCUAAAAGUUGCAUUUGCUGUAUAAAGUUGUUUCUUAAAUAUAAAUAUCUUCUAAAGUAAAGUAUAAUGUUCCUAUAUUGUAUAGCACUGUAAGAUGGGAUAGAAAUCUUUAUUCUAAAUAACAAAAAAUUAAUUAUUGGGAUUUUUUUUUCUUUGAAUUUUGCCACUCAUAAAUAUUUAUC